CUAGUGGUGAUUUGAGCUAACCUAUGACGUAAGCCAUGACGUUAUUUGUUUGUCUGCUGCUGGUCAUAACGUCUUUUCACUAAUGUUGAACGAAUAACGCUUCUUGGUUAUAACUGCAAACUUUUUCAGUGGAAAAACACAGCUGUUUCGCAAGUAUGGCUUUGUUAAAGCUGUGUGCCAUUCUGGCGGUCACUGUGGUCAUGCUGUCCACAAGUACCAACGCUGCUGAAGGAGUUGUUUUGUCACUUCAAAUCAAAGAAGCUCACCCAGUCCUCAAGUCAAAAGUAUUGUUGGAGUGUAGCGCGCAAGGUUUCCAUCCGGCAAAUCGUGAGGUUCCGAUAUACUUCGUUAUGAUGACGUCAUUGGGGGACAGUUUCAACGGGCCUGCCCAUCAAGAUGGAAACCGCUGCGUGGGAUUUGAAAGCGAGAACUAUCGUAUAGUUUGCGGAAGCGGAACACACAAGGCCGCAAGCCAGCUGAAGAUCUACAACUUUGUGAUUGAGAACCUACAUAAGUAUAAUCUGAGGGGAAGAUGGGUCUGCUGCACAGAACAAUGUCGCUUGGAUCAGAUGAGCAACAGAGUUAAAAUAACGGUUAACGACAUGACACCAUGGAAGGGAACAGAAGCGAAUACCUCUGCUCCUCGAAAGAACUAUGUUUUCACGUUGUCGCUGAUUUCCUUUGUCUCUUCGUGGUAUAUGAUCUCAUUAAUAAAUUGAUAGUCAUC